UGUGCACGCAUGUAUGACGACACCGUCAAGAUAUUUUCCCAAGGUGCUCUGUAGUGGGAUCGAGCACGAAGCUAUGUCGUCAUGAAGCGAAUUUCUUAACUACAUAUACUAGUGUGUUAGUAGAUCAACUUAAAGUGUCUGACUUGAAGUGAAAAGAGGUCUGCUAAACUUUCCCAUUAUGUCAAAACUGCAUAACAUAUUUCUAGUUUUAUGGAAGAACUGGAUUGUAAUCAAGCGAAAAUAUAUAUUAUCCCUAGCGGAAAUUCUUUUGCCAUGUGUUUUCAUGGCAUUACUCAUGGGAAUUCGAAAAAUUAUUGAUUCAGAGAACUAUGAGCAAAUUACAACAUGGAAGCCAUGUGAGAUACAAGAAGUGGUAAACAGGAGUGUUGUUUAUGCGCCAAGUAAUUCUUUUGAAAAUGAUAUUAUGGACUGGUUGCAAAGAACACAGAACAUAAAAAGUAAAGGUUUUCCUUCAGAAGAUGAAAUGGUAAAUUAUUUGGUGUCAAAUGGAUCUUUGUAUUACAAUGGUGGCAUUGUCUUUGAAAACAAGUCUUCAAGUUCCAUUUUUGAUAUCAUGUUGAAGAUAAGGCUUCCUACAACUAUUUCUAAACAACAAGUCAGAUGGAAUACUGAUCGCAUGUUUCCAUUGUUCCAAACGUUUGAACCAAGACAGAAAGCAUCUAGCUGUGGAACAAGACCAAGUUAUGAAGACACUGGUUUCUUUUAUCUCCAGUAUAAACUUACUGAAGCUAUAAUAACUUAUCUCAAUGCUUCUGGUAAAGAUUUUUUCAAUCGAACUACAGUGGAACUGAAUCGGCAACCAUUUCCACCCUACAACAAUGAUCCUAUGGUUUUGGUCUUACAGAACCAAUUUCCUUUUAUUCUCAUCCUUAGCUUUUUGCUUUGUGCCAUUCACAUUGUGAAAGAUGUUGUCCAGGAAAAAGAGCUUAGACUAAAGGAAGCCAUGAAAAUGAUGGGAUUAGACAAUUGGAUCAUAUGGCUGGGCUGGUUCAUAAAAUAUUUCAUAUUUAUACUUAUAUCAAUUUCCAUAAUGACGUUGUUUCUGUGCCUUAAAGUCGGAGAUAAAGGAAGUGUGGUGGGGUAUACAAAUCCAGCAAUACUUUUUCUCUUUUUUUUCACAUAUGCCUUAGCAACCAUCGCAUUUUGCUUUUUUCUCAGCACGUUGUUUUCAAAAGCCAACAGUGGAGCCGUUGCUGGUGGUGCUCUGUUCUUUCUUUCUUACAUUCCAUAUUCAUUCCUUGGCACUAGAUAUGGCACUCUAAGUUGGGGUACUAAAAUUGGGAGUUGUUUGGUAUCAAACAUUGCACUAGCUUUUGGUGGCCAAGUUCUUGGAAUAUUUGAAGGUCAAGGAAUUGGUGUACAGUGGAGUAAUCUGAGCCAUGGUUCUUCUGUUGAUGAUGACUUGGCAUUUCUUCAUGUUAUUCUGAUGUUACUUUUAGAUGCUUUCAUUUAUAGUAUUUUGACAUGGUACAUUGAGGCAGUAUUUCCAGGACAAUAUGGUGUACCACAGAAAUGGUACUUCCCUUUCAUGGCAUCUUACUGGUGUGGAACUACUCAAACUAAGUGCAAAAGUGGUGCUCUGGGCCCUGCACAUGAGGAACUACAGCAAUAUUUUGAGCCUGAACCAAACAACUUAAAAGCUGGAAUUCAGAUAAAGAAUUUGUAUAAGAAAUUUAAUGGUGCGAAAAAAGUUGCUGUUGACGAUUUGAAUCUGAAUAUGUAUGAAGGUCAAAUUACUGCACUACUUGGACAUAAUGGGGCUGGAAAGACAACGACUUUAUCCAUGAUUACUGGUCUGAUUCCACCCUCAAGCGGAACAGCUAUUGUGAAUGGCUAUGACAUUCGUACUGACAUGAAAAAUGUACGAUCCAGUCUGGGUAUAUGUCCACAGCACGACAUCUUAUUUGAAAUGUUAACAGUAAAAGAACAUUUAGAAUUCUUUGCACAGUUGAAAGGGUUUUCGAAAAAGUUACUGAAUUCUGAAGUAAACAAGAUGAUCAACGCAAUUAAUUUGGAAGCGAAAAGAAAUGUUUUAUCGAAAAAUCUUUCUGGAGGAAUGAAACGAAGAUUAUCUUUAGGAAUUGCUCUCGUUGGAGAUUCAAAGAUUGUUAUCCUCGAUGAGCCUUCCUCGGGAUUAGAUCCUAAUGCACGCCGUCAAGUUUGGUCUGUUCUCGAAAAGCACAGGAUGGGUCGCACAAUGCUUCUUACAACUCACUUUAUGGAUGAAGCAGACCAUUUGGGAGAUAGAAUUGCUAUCAUUUCUGAUGGUGUUCUCAAAUGUGCUGGUAGUUCUCUGUUUUUAAAGUCAAAAUAUGGCGCUGGCUACCAUUUGGUGAUAGUGAAAACUCCUCAAUGCAAUGUGGCCAAUGUCACACAGUUACUUAAGUCUUUUGUUCCUGAAGCAAUGAUGGAAAGCAAUGUUGGAGCCGAACUGUCAUAUCUUUUACCUCAUGACAGCAGCUGCUAUUUUGAAAAACUCUUUAACACAAUACAGAGUAAACAAGCUAAUUUAGGAAUAUCAAAUUAUGGUGUUUCUGUGACGACAAUGGAAGAAGUAUUUCUUAAAGUAAGUGACAACCAAAACACUCAACCAGUUAAUGAUUCACACACUUUCUCAAAUGGAUCUGUUUACCACACACCAGAAACAACUUUCAGACCUUCAGGACAUAAGAAAAUAACUGGAUUCUUUUUAAGUCUUCAACAAUUUCGUGCAAUGUUUUUAAAGAAAGUAAUUUACACUUGGAGAAAUAAAUUCUUGAGCAUCAGCCAGAUUCUUGUACCUUUGGUUUUCACCAUUAUUGCACUGAUUGUUGUGAAAACAUUUCCAACUCAGGAUGACUUUCCUUCACUUUUACUGAGUCCUGAAAAGUAUGGCAAGAAUAUUAUACCAUUCAGUAAUUCAUUAAAUGCCACUCCAGAGGAAGCAGGUAUUACCAUGUCCUACCCAGACAAAUCACUGAAUAAAGACGUCGACUUUUUGAAUAUUAAUAAUGACACAAAGUCCAAGAACCCACCAAAUAUUACAAAAUAUCUUGGAGUUAUUAGCAUUGAAAACAAAGAAAAGUAUAAUGAGCAGUAUAUGAUAGGUGCUGAUUUAAGUGCAACAUUUCCGGAUCGUUACAUUGCCUAUUUUAAUGGUCAGUCUUUCCAUAGCAGUGCUAUAUCUUUGUCAGUGAUGCUAUCUGGCUUUCUAAGAUAUUUUCAUCAACCCACUUCAAAAAUUUCUUUUGUCAAUCAUCCACUUCCAUUGACACAAUCAGAAGCUUCAUCUGCAGCAACACUGGACACUACUGCGUUUACAUUAUCAGUUAUGAUCUUAUUUGGUAUUAGUUUCUUGGCAGCAACAUUUAGUCUCUUCGUGAUAAAAGAGCGAUGUACAAAAUCAAGGCAUCUUCAAUAUAUUAGUGGUGUAUAUCCAUUCAACUUCUGGAUAUCAGUAUAUAUCUGGGACCUGAUGACUUUCCUUGUAACUUCUAUAUGUGUGAUAAUAACUUUUGUUUGCUUUGACAUUAAAGCAUACUAUCAAGAUGGACAUUCUGCAGCAAUUUUGCUUUUGUUUUUCAUGUACAGUACAGCUGCACUUCCCUUCACAUAUUUGUUGUCCUUCAUUUUCAAAACACCAACAUCAGGUUUUGUUUGGUUGGCUCUCAUUAACAUCGUCUCAGGGCUUCUAAGUGUAUUAGCUGUCAACAUCAUGAGUAUACCUGCGCUGAAUCUUACUGACGUAGCAGACAUAUUGCGUUGGGUCUUUCUUGUUAUUUCACCUGAGUUUUGUCUUGGCCAAGGUCUCAUUGAUUUUUACGGCAAUUAUCAGUUGCAUGAAAGGUGUGAUAAACAUCCCCCUAUGGCAGGCUGUGAGGGUUCAUCGUUCAACAAAAAUUACCUUGGCUGGGAUGGAAGUGGCAUAGGAAAGCCGUUGAUCUUUUUAUUUAUGCAAAAUAUUUUCACCUUAUUCUUGCUUAUUUUGGUUGAGUCAUCAGUUUUUGAAAAAAUUGUUUAUUCAUUAAAACAGUUGUUCUCAAGAAACAAAAUUCAGACUGCUGUUGGUAAUGUCAAUCCUACAAGUAUUGAUAAUGAUGUGGCUGCUGAACAAGUGCGAGUACAGAAUUACUAUCAACUUCAUAACGAUGUAAUUGUGGUAAAAGGUGUUUCAAAAGUGUAUGGCUCAUUAGUAGCUGUAGACCAUAUUAGUGUUGGAAUCCCUGCUGGAGAAUGUUUUGGUUUACUUGGGAUCAAUGGGGCUGGUAAAACAUCAACUUUUAAAAUGCUGACUGGUGAUGAACGAAUUUCCAGUGGAAUGAUUUAUAUCAAUGGUGUUAGUCUGAAGUCUAAUAUACGACAGAUUCAGCGUUACAUAGGCUAUUGUCCUCAAUUCGAUGCUCUUAUUGAAUGCUUGACUGCUCGAGAGAUUUUAAAUAUGUUUGCCUCAAUCCGAGGUGUUCCACCAAAGAUAAUUCCACAAACAGUUAAUGAUCUGAUUGAAGAAUUGAUGCUACAGAAAUAUGCUGAUAAACAGGUGAAAACAUACAGCGGUGGAAACAAGAGGAAGUUAAGUACAGCUGUGGCUCUGAUUGGUGAUCCCCCUGUUGUCUUAUUGGAUGAACCUACAACUGGUAUGGAUCCAGGAACCAGACGGAAUCUAUGGAAUACUCUUAUAAAAGUGAGGGAUACUGGACGAACAUUGAUUUUGACAUCACACAGCAUGGAUGAAUGUGAAGCCCUCUGUACCAAGAUAGCCAUAAUGGUGAAUGGUCAGUUCCGAUGUUAUGGAAGUAUUCAACACCUUAAGAGCAAAUUUGGAGAAGGAUACACUCUCAUUGCUAAAGUGAAACAUCAAGAUUCCAACGGAGAACCACCAAACUUGUACCCAUUAAUGAAUUUUAUUGAAAAUUCUUUGCCAGGAAGUACAUUGAAUGACAAGCAUGAAGGGCUUGUCUAUUAUCAAAUUCCUAAAAAUCCAGAGAUUUCAUGGUCUCAAAUGUUUGGGACUUUGGAGCAGGCCAAAUACAUGUUUAAUGUUGAAGCUUAUUCUUUAGGUCAAACAUCAUUAGAGCAAGUAUUUAUAAACUUUGCUAGAUUACAAGUAAAACCAAAAUAACUAAGACAUUGAUUUAAAUAAAUAUUCCACAAACAUUCA